AUGGGCAAGUGGCCUCAACUUCUUCAGAGGUCCUGGAUCAGCAGCUUCCAAGUACCAUGGGACAAAAUGCCGGCACGACUGUUACAGGCCAUGGAAAAAGGUUGCUUGGCUCACCCAGAGGACAGAAGGGUACUGAUUAGAGUUGUUGUUGAAGCAAUGCAAGCACACUGCAAAAAACCCAGUAAAGCUGCCUGUACAGAAGUGGCCAGAGUAAUUGUAUGUAAGUACCCUGGGACCUUUGCUGAUAAGACUGGAGAAGGUGAGCAGCUAGGGUGCGGUUAUUAUUCACUGUUCAGACAGAUUAAAACCAGAGUUGAGCAUGUAAAUAGAGACAAUGUCAGUAAUCGAAUCCGACAGCCUAGGAAAAGGUCUAGUGAUGACAGCAGCAGCAAUGAUGCUGCCAUCAGAAGAAGCAGAACAGAUGUGGAUUGUUAUGGGUGUACAAAAUGGCAACCAGCUAAUCUUCCACAAGGAGAAACAGCAGAGUCAUUGGAAGACAAGAGAAAGAUCUUGGUAACUAUCUUCAAGUCAGAAGGACCUACAGCUGUUGAGAAAAUGGAUGUAGAAAAGAAUAUGGAAUUGACCUAUAUUUAUCAAAGGCACAUGAUAAAUACUUGGCCCCCUCCCAGUCUGUGUGAAGUUGAGGAGCAGUGGCCAUUUCUCUUCACUAAAAGAGGUCUCUGCAGUCAUUUCCAUAUGCUCACUGACAUUGAUAUUGACACAUGCCUCCAUGAAGCUUUCCUCACCAAGGGCAGGAGGAUUGUGAACUUUUUCCUGAAUCAGAGACUAAAAUGGAACCAGGACAUCCAGGCUGUGCUACAAGAGAUGGAACAUGAUGAAAGCAUGAACAACCAUCAGGUCCCUAUCACUGCCAUUCUUCUGUUAAUGAAAUACUUUCAAGAGAAAGAGGACCAAAUAUUCAUCUUGACAGACCCAACCUCAACCAAGAUGUUGGUUGAGCAGGAGGUGAUGUUGCCGACGACACCACGGGUGAUCAUGCUAGGGAGUAGUCUGAUGUCUGCAACACACUGGAUGGUCAGCAUUGAGGGCAAGGUCCUGUUUGAAGCUAAUCAGCUGCAUGACUUCGCCAGUGCUUUCACCAUCUUUUUCAGCUCCUUUUAUGUGUUCAAUCUGGAGUAUCAGGAGUCAGCAUCCACUACGCUGGAGAUGGUACAGAGAUUCUUGGUAAGGAUCAACCCGGAAGAGGGCACCAAGUGCAGGGCCAAAGUUGGCACAAGUCGCAAGACAGGAGGUGUUGUCCAGAGAAAGGUGACAGCCAUCAGCUUCCGGGUAACAACAUUUCUCCAGGGGCUUACUGAAUUUGAGUGGAAAACUUCAAAUUAGGAAGUAAUGGCUGCCACCUGACUCCAAUGAUCAGUUGUUAUCUGCUGUGAUUGGAAGAGGAGAGGAGCAAAAGCAGCGCCAUUCCACAGAGCAGAUAUGACUAAUUAUUAUUUGUUUGUAUACUUUUGUUUUAUUGUUCUUUACAUACAAAUUUAUAUUGUUAAUUAUUUGGUAAGGAAUUAGUAGAGAGGUGGGUGCCAUUUACUUUUGAUCUGGUUUUCUCCUGUUUUAGCUUUUAAAGUAAGUGUAAAGUCUGAGUUAGUGUAUUUUUUUUAAUUGUAGAUUUUUUCUUUUCUUUUAUGAGGUAGAGGGUUUAUAUUUAAAAGUGUGUUUAUGUUUAAAAUAAAAUAACUUGUUUUUGA